AUUUAUGCUUUUUGGUAACUAACCAUACUCUAGUAAGACUGUAUAUUUUAAUUAUUUAUUUAAUUAUAAUAAAUAAUUAAGUGCUAUGAUUUUUUUUUUCAGUCCAACAAGAAUGCCUACCUUUCCUUAAUACUUGAUAUAAAUCAGAACCCCAUUCAUCGCUAAUACGACUCAGGAUGGCCAAGAAGAUACGAGAAUUAAAAAGCAGAAAAGGUCAGAGGGAGAGAGAGUUUAAGGAUGAGCAGAACCAGAAGCGCGGAAUAAUCAGAGCAUUGUUUUAUAGGAGCGGGAGCAUCCAGUUUCUAGCAGAAGGACCAAUUGGCCAGCGAGCAGUUUUGCCUCUCGACCCCCGAAUAACGACCACUGACAACUCCUCCACUCCACCGUCCCCACUCGACUCAUAAUGAAAAUCCACUCAUUUUUUUUAUUUUCCAAACUCUGCUCAUCCAAUUACCCUUAGAUGCCGUUCUAAGUUGUUUUUCUACUUCGACUGGACAUGAGUCCGGAAGAAAAAACUUUCUGACGAAUUGGAAAAUUCAACCAGGUGGGUUUCUCAAACAUAAAUAAUUAAUAGAUAUUUUGAAUAUAAUAGAGAGAGAAAUACUUUCUUUGAAGCAGUGCUGCCCUACUAUAUAGGGUUGCUCGAUACACAGCAUUCUCAUCAAUCCUUU